UUGCUAGCAGGAGUCAUGGCUAAAGGCAGGAGGAAGAUGUCCAAAGCCAGGGACGCCCGACGCGAGGAAGACGACCCGGCGGAGGUGGUGGCCGGCGCCGCGGCCGCCGACAGCGCCCAGAAGCGGGGGCCCGGCCGGCCCAGGAUGAACGGGGAGAACAUCUCUUCCUGUCAAUCCAAAAUCUAUAACUACUUGAAUCCUAACAAACUUCCUGCAGCCCGACCUCCACUUCAGGAGGAAAACUCCGCCGCACAUCAUGAAACCAAUUGCCAAGACAAAGUGGCAGAUGAAGCACCCAGGAAAGAGAAUGGCAGGGUGAACAUUGGCAGUGCAGCCGCUGAUGGUGCUAUGAAAUCUGAGGGCCAGAAUGACAAAGAGCCUAGGGCUGAAACUCCAGCAUCCCUCGCCGACCCCAAACCAGACGCCUCCGAAAGUAAGACGCUCCCGCUGCCGGAGUCCGCUGACCCAGCAAGCACGAAGCAAGCUCAGAAAAAGGGACUCAAGACCAAGCCUGGCCCCAAAAGAAGAGCCCAAGGGAAAACACAACAGAACCGAAAGGUUACAGAUUAUUACCCUGUUAGAAGAAGCUCUCGGAAGAGUAAAAAAGAAUUGCAGAUCGAGGAGAAGAAGCAGAUUGAUGAGUUAAUAAAAAGUGGGAAAGAAGAUGGCAUGAAGAUUGACUUCAUCGACGGCAAGGGGCGAGGGGUCAUCGCAACGAAGCAGUUCAACCGGGGCGAGUUCGUGGUCGAGUAUCAUGGAGAUCUCAUUGAGAUCACGGACGCGAAGAAGCGAGAGGCUGCAUAUGCCCAAGACCCAUCCACAGGAUGCUAUAUGUACUACUUCCAGUACCUGAGCAAAACCUACUGCGUCGACGCUACAAAAGAGACAGAUCGUCUGGGAAGACUGAUCAAUCACAGCAAAUGUGGCAACUGCCAAACAAAACUCCACGACAUCGAUGGCGUCCCCCACCUCAUCCUGGUCGCCUCCCGUGACAUUAAAGAGGGUGAAGAACUAUUGUAUGAUUAUGGAGACAGGAGCAAAGCGUCCCUAGAAGCUCAUCCGUGGCUCAAACACUAGCUGAUCUCGCUGUUCCUGGAAUGGACUUUUAUCCAUUUUCUCUAAAUGAAGACUCAGUAGCUUUGUUUACAGCUCUUCUGGUAGAUAGCUUCCAGUCUUUACUGUAAUGAUGAUGGAAUAUGUCAGUUGGGGGAGUGUCUUUGCCCAAAGAGACUUAGAACAGAAUGCCAGAUUCUUAUUUUUUAUAAAUUAGGAUGAUCUGGAUUCUCACAUUUUUACUCCUCCUUUCCCUUUGUCUAUAGAUAAAUUUAUCAGCACUUCUUGACAAUGUUCGAUUAAGCUAAUAGGAACUUUUACAGAGGGGAUGCUGUUUGUGAGAUUUCUCCAUGUUGCAGGUCACCUUUCCGCUCAUGGGGUGAGAAGGGAAAGGUGACAAUAGGAAAGCAAAGCUCUGGUAUCAGAUGAGCAUGGCCCAUUUUAGAAAACAAAAAUGUGAACACCUGGGAAUAGGUAGCACUUUUACUCUGCCUGCAGUUGUGUUUUGGUGAUUGUUGGCUACUACUGGGAUGUCUCUUGAGUUUUGGGUGACUGCUUGUGAACUUCUGCUUGGAUCAUCCACAUUCAUACUUGAUGUUGGCACUCGCUGUUACAUAUGCCUUGGAUCGCUGUAAAAGCAGAGGACGGAUCACCCCAGAGGUCUGCCCAGGAAGCCUCUGACUGGCAACGACAUGGACAAAGGAAAAUUCCAGAAGCAGAGCCUCUGCCCGUUCAAAAGUAUCCCAUUGGCCUCUCAGCUGCUGUUGGCUCUCCACGGAGAGAGACCGUCCAACAAGUUGACUUGGUAGUUCCCGAUUUCUGUAGCUACUGACUGGACCCUUUCAGCUUUCUCUUUCACCAAACACCAGCAGGCCUGAACAAGGCCCAGAAUGGGAUUUCCUCCGGGAUUCUAGGGCUUCCCCAUGGGGGCAGGGCCUGGGGGUCACUGGAAGGCUCCCUGCUUUUUGCAGCCGCACUCCUUGCACUGUUGCUCUGGCCAUGCCAUUCCUUGGCUUCUUUUUAGGCUGAUAAAAACUGUCUGCUCCAAACCGCAGUGGCCAGGAAGUGUGGCAGUUCUUGGGGCAGCGCUGAGGGGUGGGGAGUGCCUCUCCCAAGAGCGGGUUUGGUCUGGAGUGUUUGAUGAGGCUGCUGCCUGGCUUCAUCCAAAGCUGGAUUGUGGGGAGGAGGAAAAGGCGGCUUGCUUCCUUGUUCCCUUUGCUUGUAUCACCCGUCUUGAUGGCUUGUUCCAGUGCAGCCUUCCCCAGUGCUGGCCCCUCCGGAUGUGCUGGUCCGUAUGUCCCAGCAUCCUCCAGCCAGCCAUACUAGGAUGCUGGAAUGUGUAGUCCAGCUAGAGGCUCUUGGCUUAGGAGCAGUUUGUUCUAGUGCCAAAGGCCAGCUUGUGUUUUUCCAUGCCUGUACAUAUCCAGCUCGUGUUCCUCUGCGUCGUGUCCUUUUUUAAAGAGAUGUGAACUCCACAAUCAAGGUUGCUGGAUAUUUUAAUAAAUGGCGUUUUGAUCCA